AUGGCCGAGGAGACGAAUGAAAACUGGGAGCUGCAAGAACAUGAGCGGACAGUUUUAGAGUCGAUGUAUGAGCGCCAGGUAGAGUUCUUCAGGAAUGUCUGGAACGUAGGUGUCCUGAAUACAUAAAAUCUACCGUAUCAUUGGCAGGUUCGAUCACCCACAGACGUCAGAAUCAUCGUUCGACCUCAUGAUUCGUGUCUUCUAGACGAGGACAAAAAGAAGGAUGUGAGUGUGGUUCUCAUUGUGAAGUGUUCCAUGGAAUAUCCGAAGCGGUUGGUUUAUUAUCCACAUACAAUAAACACUCCCCUUUUAGAAAACCUUUCGUCGAUUUGGUGGAGCCGCACGGAAUCUCUCAAGAGGAUGUGCGGAAGCUCCUUGUUCAUCUUCGAAAAAAGGUGGACAAUCUAGAAGGAUCUGUGAUGGUCUGCGAGCUUGUUACGACAAUCAAUGACUAUUUAACCGACCACAACCCACAGCAGCCAGUCGGCAGUUUCCAUGAUCAGAUGCUAAACAACAAAGCAAGGGUGGAAGCGGAGAAAAAAGUAUGAGAAUCGAUGCAAAUUUAUGGCGCUGUGAGCGACGAUUCCCCCUAUCAACAUUAAAUGACCUUUUCGAAUGUUUGUUGUUUCAGCGAAAACGACUCGAUACGGAACAAAAGGAACUCGAGCUACUCGAAGAGGAAAUGAAGCAGCGGAACGCGACCGAGCUGGAGAAUACACUGAAUGGAUGUCGUCCGGAAGCAGAGACCAGGGCUAUCGGCAAUCGGCGAGUCGUCGUUCUCACGAACAUCCCGGUCAAACGGCAGAAACCUUCCAACAUCUGCCACGAAUGGAUGGGAUUUUGGAACGUAAGUGUCCAUCAAUCCAUCGGCAGUCGUGUUAUUACGUUUGUCUAUUGCAGAACAACCAGUUGCUCAUUUCGGAGUGGACAUUCCGAUAUUCCGCUGGACGUAACUCGGAAACGCUCGAUUUCACCCGUUCCUGGACAAACUGGACGCAGUGCACAGCGAAUUCAAAAAACUGCCCGAUAUUCAAGACCUCGAUCAUAAUUUGGUAGAAUACGAGUUCAUUCAUGUUCAGAAGAUGAAAUGUACUGCGGGUUCAGUGCUGGUGCAAGUGUUCGUGGCGCAGAAAAUCUUUCAGUACGAAGAGAAUCUGCAAGAUGCCUACGAAGUUAUCGUUCCGAGAUCAAAACUUCUUCGUCUUCUGGCCGUUCAGGCAAUGUGCGGUCUUCGAUACCUGCAUGAAUCUUCGAUGACACACAAGCACUUGACUGUCGGGAGUGUCUGGACAAGGGACAGCAUGGCCAACUACGGCUUCCGAUUCUCGGAUUUCGGAACGAUGGGUCCGCUUUUGGAUCUGGUCAAGCUGUUCAACGAAAUUUGCACUCGAAAGUAUGUUCCGCAAGAAGAAAAAGAGAAAGAAAGCGACCGACGACGGAAAGACCUAUUCCAACUCGGAACCUUGCUCGAUGGACUCGUACUUGCUGUAAGUAUUACUUGAUUCAAUGCUCGGUUUUAAUGUUUUCGCAGCUCCAGACACGCGGUUCAAACUACUCCCGAGUCUCAACGCCUGUGCAAGGACUCCAGAAUUCCAGUUCCAGCUCUCUUUCCAAAUUCAUAGCAAAAUGUCAGGAAGCGAAGAAUCUCGAUCAGAUACAAGAUGAACCGUUUCUGAAAGGUUUGUUUAUCUUUGUAUUUUGCUUGGAAGCAAUUCACACUCUUUUUUUAGAAGAGCCGCCAUCGGACAGCGAGGACGGACUGUUCACUCCGUUCGGUGGAGCAAUGCACCCGGAUGGCAGGAUGAUGGGCGAGAAUGUGAUCAUUCGCGGACUCGGAAAGGGAGGAUUCGGCGACGUCGUACUUGUCCGAAACAAAAUGGACAGUACUGACUAUGCCAUCAAACGCAUCCCACUCAAUAAUGUCGAAAGAGUGAAUCGGAAAAUCACAAAGGAAGCCAAGUUUUUUGCCAAAAUGAAUCAUCAAAACUUGGUAAGAUACUACAAUUCUUGGGCUGAAGAACUGAUUCCGGUGGUCAGCGAGGCUUCUGAUGACGACAGCUCACUCGGCGCAGUUCCGAUUCCUGGAAAAGAACAGUCUCCGAAGAAACCGAAAUUGAAGGCGUCAAAGUCAUUGGAGGAACGAAUGGCGAACAUGGGAGGAGGAGAUUCAUUGCUGCCGGCACGAUUGAAAGCAAUCUCGAAGGACAGCAAAGGAGCGGAAGCCAAGGAAUGGUCGUUUUCCGUCUUCCAGGACAAUAAAAGAUGCGCUUCACGAAUGAGACAGAGCAAACGGAGCACACCGAGUGGCGGCCUGAAGCAUCUUUCGGAAUGUUCUUCGGAAUACGAAGAUGAGGACGAAGAAGUCGACGAAGGAAGUGAUUGGGAUGAAGAUAUUGAAGAAGAGGAGGAAGAGGAAGAAUCUUCCAGUUCGGAUUCGGAUGCGGACGAUGAAACUGGAGAGGACAGACCGAGAAUCGAAUCGACAGAAUCCGACGACGUCUUUGAACGUUCGAUCACUUCAAAAUCAGCGGAAGACGACGAUGGUAUCGUAUUCGAGCCGAAUCCAGAAGACAUUAAUUCGAGGAAGGAGGAGGCCAAACAGCUUUUAAAAGUGGUGGAAAGGAGCAAAAGCAGGAGCAAAGGAUUCGAAAGCAUCAACCGAAACCCGCGUAUUCUGUGCAUUCAGAUGGAGUAUUGCGACAGAGGAACUCUCAGACAGUACAUCGACGAUAACCACUGCUUCAACAAACCGAACGAAGUGUGGAGAAUCUUCUCGGAAGUGUUGUGCGGUCUCAAGUACAUGCACGAAAUCAGUACGAUCAUUCAUCGAGACAUCAAGCCUCUCAACAUCUUUCUAACAUCACAAAACGGCGUAAAAAUCGGUGACUUCGGCCUCGCGACUCUGGAUGUCUUCAAUCCGAAACGAAGACCGUUUCAACCAGCUGCUGACAAGAGCAAUAGUAUCGAAGCGGUGCUUUCGCCGCCCGGACACAAGAACAAGGGACCGGAAGUGCAGCAGACUAAGGAUAUCGGCACUCAGCUCUACAUGGCUCCGGAGCUCUUCGAAACUGAAACGACCACCCACAAGUUGUACACUUCGAAGAUUGACAUCUUCAGUGCCGGAGUCGUGUUAUUCGAGAUGUUCUAUCGUCCUUUGCCGCCGAGCAUGGAGAGAGUAUCGACACUGAACAAUCUGAGAAAUCAGGUGGCGAUUCCAGCCGACUUUGGGAGGGAUCUGCAAAGUCAAAUGGCAGCGUUGGCAAAGAAGACUAUCGAACGAAUGCUUCAGAAGAAUCCGGAUUUGCGACCGACCGCAGAUGAUCUGCUGAAUGACGAAGACCUUCCCAUGCAUUCAAAGGAAGACGCCACCUUCCGUAAUCUAUGCGAGAAGGUCGUCAAAAAAAGGGAGAGUCGCAUGAAUGCGUGGUUGCUGGAAAAACAGUUCCAAGAAGACGUGCCGACCUCCGUAAACUACUGUUACGACAUAGACUUGUGUCAGGAUCGUCUCAAGUUAAGCAACAAGGAAUCACUUGUUGAGACAGUUCGUUACGAGUUUUGCCAAGUUCUCAAAGUGCAUGCGUUCGAGAAGCUGGCCACACACACUUUGAUGCCAGUUUCGACCGCACUGGCCGCGGCUUCUGUCAGAACUAAGCCAGUGGAGUUUUUGGACAGAAACGGUCUCCCGGUUGCUCUUCCCAUGGAUCUCCGCCAGAAUUUUGUUCGAUACUGCGUGCGAAACAGCAUUCAACGCUUCAAACGAUAUAAUUUCGGAAGAGUUUACUCACAAAGUGCGCCGAAUGUCCAUCCCAUCGAGAAAUGGGAGUGCUGUGUCGACUGCAUCGGACCGCAGAGCUCAUCGACUUCGUUAGAUGUAAGUGGGAAAUGACGGGUAAAAAGAAUGACAAACGAUGGACAUUACAACAAAAAAUGAUUGAUUCCUGUGUGAUUGUAUAUAUUUUCAGGCAGAAUUGUUGCUCGUUGCGUGCGAAAUGAUUGCGGCGAGCCUGCCCGGAACGAAGCUGAUUCUGAAAGUAGGCCACGCAUUCCUUCUGGAAGCUCAGAUUCGCCAUCUGAAUCUCUCGGAUGACGUUAGAGCCGAACUUCUUGAUUGCUUUCACUCUUUCUCCACUUUUGAAAGUAAGUUUUCUGUCAGAAACUAACAUUUCGAUUUUGUUUUUAGAGCCGUCGCUGAAAGAGAAGGUUGAAAAGCUGACACCGAAGAUCGGAUCGAAGGCAGCCAACAUCAUUAGCAAGCUGCCGAUUCCCGUGGAAAGCAAUUUCAACUCAUUCAAAGAGAAAGUUGCUCUCUUCCGAAAGAAGCUGAAAGUCGAAACCGCGAAAGAUUUAAUGGACAAAGCGAUCAAAGAUCUGGAUGAAAUCAUUCAGAUCUUCAAGCACUGCCGCAGUGAAGAGUUGGAGAAAAGGAUCUCGAUUAUCUACGACAGUCAGACUUGCUAUCGUCCACGGACAUUCGGAGACGGUCUGGUUUUCCAACUUCAAGUGGAGACCUCGGCAAAGAAAGGACGCGGCGCAUUUCUGCUCGGCGGAGGCCGAUACGACUCUGCGCUUCUUCGCGAACGUCAUCCAAGAGACUUCGUGUACGAACUCCCACUUUGCAUCACCGGCUUCGGAGUUCAAAUGGAUUCAGUCGCAUUCAUCAAAGACUCGUGCAGUGUGAAGGCAGCGAUGGUUGCAAAGUCCCCACGGGUCAGUCCUAAAGUGCUCGUUUGCUCGUUGGUCCAAGAGAGCGGAAGCAAGCUCAUCCCCGAGAAAUUUUCGCUCGCCAAAAAGUUUUGGAGCCUGGGAGUCGAAGCGGAUGUGUUCCACGCACCAGUUGAUGAUCUGGAGUCACUCAAUGUAAAUAAUUCAAUUGUGUGAUUAUUCUACAAUAUCUCUGUUUCAGGAGCACCGAAACCGCGCUUCGAUCUCGCACAUUAUUGCGGUGAUGAGCAAGAACUGCGAGUACCUCUGCAAGACCGAUCACCAUACGAUGACAAUGGAUUUCGCGGAGAUAGUCUCCACUGUCUGUCGUGAGACUCAGUCUCUCACGAAUUUGCCACCUAAUCAGACGCCGAACGGAGGUCCGAUUUCAUCUGCGAGCACUCCGGGAGAAGCGAACCACUACGAGGAGCACAGCGCCAACACAACUCCCGUUCUCGCCUCCAAGUUAGUUUCUCUUUUCGAAUGCGGUUUCUGCAAUCAAUCAGAGCUUACAGAAGUGCAUCGACAUCGCACAUCACUGGAAUUCGCCCGAUGUGCGCUUCGCAGGCGAACAUAAACGUGUGCUUCGCCACCUCCUCCGACAAGCAUCAUAAGUUUCUGAAAGAGAAGAAGCGAGUGGAAAGCCAAGUUGCUUCGCACUUGGCUGAUUACGUCAGUCAAUUCUCGAGUAAGACAAAGGUAGAAGUGCUUGUGUGCGACAUUCCGGCUGACGUGAUAAAGAAGAUUAUCGGGGAAAUCGAGAAGACGAGCUCGGAUCAAGAAGUAUAAUAUAUUUUCGAUUUCGAGUUGAAAGCAUCAAACUGUUCCAGAUCAACACGCUGUUCGAUCAAUUGAUCCAAAAGCACGGAAAAGUGGAUUUGGCUCCGAUCAGUAAGCAACUCCAUACGAUUCUCCAUGGAAGUCCGACUGGAUUCGGCUCAGGGGGCCAGAUCGUUGUCAUUUUUUACAGACACGCUGACAACUUCUUCCGUUGUCUGACUUAG